AUGAUUUCAUCAUCGGUCAUUCAAAGUGUUGUUGGCCGUUUGAGUCAACGAGUCAUCAUAAGCAAUAGUAACAAUCAUAUUAUUAAAAGAGGUGGAGCAUGGUUAUCAUCAUUAGCAUCAACAAAUCACGUCAGCACUAGAUUACAAUCUAAAUAUCUGUGUACGAUCAAUAACAAUAGUUUCUUCAUUGGUCAAUGUAGAGAAUACUCAUCAUCAUCAUCAUCAGCAUCGAGUAGUAGUCGCAAUGGUGGCAUUGAUAAAAGGGGAUCACUAGUUCAAGAAAACUAUAAUGUAAUGACAUUAUUUUCUUUCAAGACUGAUCAAAUCGUCAAACAAGCCGACGCACAUUAUCGUAAUCGUCAAUACCAAGAUGCUGUCACUUAUUAUGAAAAAGCAAUAUCAAGUACCAACGACCCAAUUGAAUGUUCAUUAUUACAAUCUAGAAUAGCGAGUGCUAAAUUUAGAGGUGGAUUGUUGAGUGAAGCAAUGAAUCAUUUUCACACUGCCACCAAAUCGAUUCCAUACUCUCACGAAGAGACCUACAAGAUAUUGGCACAAGGUGCAUUCAUGUUGGAGUUUGAUUUUGAUCUACAAGUAAACAAGGAAUCUAAAGAGUCUCAGACAAUGUUGGCACGUGCAUCAACUGCUUGGGAUGCAGUCAUUGAUUGUGCACCAAACAAACCAGAUGGAUAUGUUGGCAAAGGAAGAUGUAUAUUGAAAAUGAGCAAACCUCAAUUGGUAGAUGCCAUGAGAUACUCUCAAAAAGCAAUCUCAUUGGAUCAUAAUUAUCCACCUGUUCAAUCUUUUGCUUCUGAAAUGUUGGUUAUUGAAAAUAAAGAAUUAUUAGCAUUACAAUUAUUAAAUAAGUUUUUUAAAAACUAUAAACAAUUUUAUGAAGAUUCUUUUAUUUAUAAAAUUGAUAAUUCAACGAUUGGAGAUAAUUAUUUUAGAAGAGGAUUAUGUUAUUUACAUGAACAACAACCAGAUAAAGCAGUAUUAGAUUUUACAGAGGCAUUAAAUUAUUUACAAGAAGAGGAACAUCCAUCGGUCAAAUUUUUCAGAGGUCGAUGUUAUUAUGCCAUCCAAAAAUACAGAGCUGCAUUGGAGGAUUUCAAUACUUUUAUCAAAUACAAUCCAAAACAUAUUGCUGCCUAUGAGGAGAGAAGAGACGUCUACUCGAUGCUAGGUAUGCAUGAACACGCUGAAAAGGAUCAAAAAAUAGUACAAAAGGAUCGUGAAAAGAAACAUGACCAACGUUUGGAAUCCAUCCAAAUGUACAAUGAAGAGAGAUUGGAAAGAAUCAAACGUAGAAAUGAAGAUAUCGCAGAGAAAAAGAGAAUUAUAAGAAUGAAACAAAAUGAAAUUGAAGUUGCAGAUUAUAAAGAAAAGAAAUAA